AACGCAAGUGCGCACCACCUUCUGCGCAGACGCACAGUUUCUCAUGUGAUCAGCUGACGGUGUGGGAUGCUGUUUUUUUUGUACAGUCAAUGAUUGAAGGACCUCUGAAUUGCACAGCUUUUAUUGAGAUAUGCAUCGGAUAAUCUGACACCUGGAUAGUCAACAUUGUGUACAGACCGAUACGGGAUAGAUCAGGUUAAUUGGAGCCCCUGUCUGCCACCUGUCUAUUAGCAGCCAUGACUGAGUUCUGGUUGAUCUCCGCUCCGGGCGAGAAGACAUGUCAGCAGAGCUGGGACAAGAUGAUGAUGGCCACCACACACACCACUAACCUGUCCACCAACAACAAGUUCAACAUCCCAGAUCUCAAGGUUGGAACACUAGAUGUCUUGGUUGGUCUGUCGGAUGAGCUGACAAAACUUGACACCUUUGUCGAGAGUGUGGUGAAAAAGGUGGCCCAGUACAUGGCAGAUGUUCUGGAGGACAGCCGAGAUAAGAUCCAGGAGAACCUGUUAGCUAACGGAGUUGACCUGGUCACAUAUGUGACCAGGUUCCAGUGGGACAUGGCCAAGUAUCCCAUCAAACAGUCACUGAAAAACAUCUCUGAGAUCAUCUCCAAGCAAGUGAGUCAGAUUGACAACGACCUGAAGGCAAGAGCCUCGGCCUACAACAACCUGAAGGGAAACCUGCAGAACCUGGAGAGGAAGAACGCGGGCAGCCUGCUGACCAGGAGUCUGGCAGACAUCGUCAAGAAAGAAGAUUUCAUUCUGGAUUCUGAGUAUCUUCUCACCAUGCUGGUGGUCGUACCAAAGAUUAACUAUGUUGAGUGGCAGAAGACGUACGAGACUCUGUCUGAGAUGGUGGUCCCCCGGUCCACUAACCUGCUGUUUGAGGACCACGACAGCGGCCUGUUCAGCGUCACUCUCUUCAGGAAGGCCAUCGAUGACUUCAAGCACAAGGCCAGAGAAAACAAGUUCACUGUGCGGGACUUCCAGUACAACGAUGAGGAGAUGAAGGCCGACAAAGAGGAACUGACGCGGCUGUCCACCGACAAAAAGAAACAGUUUGGUCCCUUGGUGCGGUGGCUGAAGGUGAACUUCAGCGAGGCCUUCAUCGCGUGGAUCCACAUCAAAGCGCUGCGUGUGUUCGUAGAGUCCGUCUUACGCUAUGGUCUGCCGGUGAACUUCCAGGCCAUGCUCCUGCAGCCCCACAAGAAGAACAUCAAGAAGCUGCGCGAGGUGCUGUACGACCUGUACAAACACCUGGACGGCAGCGCAAACAUCAUAGACGCUGCCAUGGACAUCCCCGGGCUCAACCUGAGCCAGCAGGAGUACUACCCCUAUGUGUACUACAAGAUAGACUGCAACCUGCUGGACUUCAAGUUCUAGAGACCACACAUAUCAUCCCAUCGGAGCAGCACAACACUGGCAAACCAAAUGCUACCUUCCUUCAUUUCUUGUGUGUUCAGAGUUUUUCUUUUCAGUUUUCUCUCUCUCGCUCGCUCUCGCUCUUUCUUUUUCUCUUUCUUGCGACCUCUCCAUUACAUUCCAAAAA